AUUUCGAUUUUAUUUACUCGUCUAUAUAAUAUUUAUUUGUCUUUUUUGUCCAAGAGUGACUGUCAUAUCAUACCGAAUUUGUUUAAACAUAUUUUUGUGUAAGUGAAAUACGAGUAUCUAUCUAUUCAUAUUUCUACGGUGUGCGUGUGUGUGCAUGCCGGUGAGAAGUAAACUACAGUAGCUUUAGCCUAUGGUCCCUGAAACAUUAACAGGCACGUCUCCACAGCCUUGCAUCAAUUAUGACAAGAAAACACCACGCUCGAACCACGUAACGAGGUGGAGCUGGUGAAAGAGAAAGAAGCAUCGACUUCCAUCACGAGCGGUGGUGCCCGACAGUGACAUAUAGCAAGGAACACAGGUGAAGGGGCUCCAGGAAAGCCUGCACAGCUCACACACCACGCAUCAAAACAGCCAUAGCACACAAAACAGCCCACAAUGAGUGAUACGCGAGGCAGAGAUGCAAACUUGUAUAAUGCACACGGAAUUCACACACAGACUAUAACGCCUACACAACAUACACGAAAUGUAGCAAACACGCCACCGCCACCGCAAACAGUGUACUCACCACCACCCACGUCAACUGUAAGAACACCACCACUCUACCUAAAUACAAGGAACUUUUCAUCACCACCCAUGUCAACUGUGAGAACACCACCACUCUACCUAAAUACAAGGAACUUUUCAUCACCACCCAUGUCAACUGUGAGAACAUCACCACGCUACCCAAAUACACGGAACAUUUCACCACUACCCACGUCAACUGUGAGAACACCACCACUCUACCCAAAUACACGGAACAUUUCACCACUACCCACGUCAACUGUGAGAACACCACCACUCUACCCAAAUACAUGGAACAUUUCAUCACCACCCAUGUCGACUGUGAGAACACCACAACUCUAUCUAAAUCCACAUAACCCUAUAAAAAAGCAACACAAGUCAACACAGAUUCCCGAGAACCUCAAGUAUAAACGGCAGAAGUCAACACAGACGACAAAACGGAAACCAGAAAAGAAUGCAAAAGCUACACAGAUACCACAAAACUGUUUUCAACUACAGAAAUCUACACAGACGUCAGAACAGACCAAUCAAAAACUGUCAGCAACGUGUACUACACAUCAGAUGCAAAAACAGACACAGGUUACACAGACGUCAAAGAAUCUUCAAGAACUAGAAAAGUUAUUACGAAACCAAGCAGACCCAAGAACAUCUGUGAAACAUGAAAAAGAAAAACCUAAUUUCAAGAUACCCGAGGUUUCAGAAGAAACACUAAUAAAGCAUUUGGGAACGAUACCUGACCUUUCCAAAAAAGCAGAAGCCAGAGAAAAAGAUAAGUCUUUGAAAAAUGCACAGAAGCCUUUGAGAGACAAGACACAAGAACACACACAAAAAACAGCUCACUCUUCCAAACACUCCACCAGCUCGGCAAAUGAACCAGACCCUUCAGAAGAUGCAGCACAGGUUAUGGGAUUCGUAAGACCAAGACUUUUAGAGCAGAGAGCAGAAUAUCCACAAGAGGAAUGUCACCCACUCAAAAACCUAGCUCAUUGCAUGAAGACACAAACACCCAACCGAACACAGCCUGUGGAGCAAAGUCCCAAGUUGCUGAAGAUUAUAAUCUAUUUAAUAAGAUGCACUAAACUUACAUUCAGACGUCAACACCCUAUACCCCACAGGCCAAAGCCACUGCACCCUUGGCAAAACGCGACGCACACCACACUGCCUAACCAAAAGACGUCGAAACAAGCACGCCCUAUGCGGAAGAAACCUGAGGAAGACAAGCCUAUAAGAGAGCCACAAGCACCAAUAGUAGUAAAGAAAGGCAGGGUAAGUCUGCAUAUGGAUGAUAUCUAUGGGGAAAAUGAGGCAGAGACAUGUUCUAAAGAUGAAGAUAUGAUGGAUUUAUUGAUGCCAACACCUAGUAGGGAGGUCAAAGGUAUCGUAACUUUAAAUAUGAUGAGAAAUGAGUGUAAAGGGAAUGUGAGAAAUGAGAGCCGAUCUGAACACAAGGCAAAUAUGGAUAAACAUGAAGAGAAGCUAACUGGAGAGACACCUUCUGCAGAUGAAGCUAUGAUGGCUUUCUUAAUGCCCACAGCCAGUAGAGAGGUCAAAGAUACUGUAACUUUAAAUGCAAUGGGAAAUAAUGAGUGUAAAGGGACUGUGAGAAAUGAAAUACAACCUGAGCAUAAGAGAAAUAAUUUGGUUAGACAUGAAGAGAACCGAACUGGAGCUGUGAUGAGGAAACAAUGUGAAUCUAAGAAAAAAAAAAAACUGAAGGAAAUAUUGAAGCCUAUGGAGAAAAUUGAACCAAAGGAAGCGAACCUCAUUGAACCUAAGGAAAUAUAUAUGAGAAAGGAACCUGAACCUAUGAAAGAAUCCAUUAAACUUAAAGAAAUAUUAAAGAAACCGAAGGAAAAGAAACAGAACCUAAGGAUAUAACAACAGAACCUAAGGAUAUAACAACAGUGUCUAAGGAACAGCCAAAAAAGGUAAUAUCAAAGAACAAAGUAGAAGAAAAAGUUAAUAAUGAAAAUAUAAUUGAACCUGAGAUAAAAGUAAUCAUGCCUGAAAAAAAUGAACUCUCAAAGAUAUCAAUGCAUGCUAAAACAAACUUGCUUUCAGAUUCAUCCCCAGCAUCACCAAAGAAAGUAAGCCUCCAGGUAACAUCGAGAGUAAUGCAUCUGGAAAAGAAAAUAUCUACUGAGGAAAUUACAACAUUCAAUAAAAUGACACAGACAGAAAAGCCUGCAUGUCAAGACAAUGAGACAGGAGAGAUGCCACCAGUUUUAUUCUCAAAGGUGACACAGACAGAAGAGGAGGAAGAGGAGCUGCCACCUGUCUCAUUCUCCAAGAUGACACAAACAGAUACCCCACUGCAUCAAAUGGAUUGGGAAGGAAGGAUACCACCAAUUUCACCUCCCUCUACAGUUACACACAUAGACUUCACUGACUCACACUUUAUAUCUCCUCCCCCACAAGAAUCCCAAGCUUUGGAGACACAUACAGAUUCAUCCUUAGUGGAGAUCCUUGAUCCUGAGCAACAAGGCUUCAAUGAGAGCAACGUCUCACACUGUCAUCAAAGAGAAAUAGAGUUACAGGAUAGUGAAGGUGAGGAGGCUGGUUCACCUACAUCAGAUCCUAGUUACUGUGCUACAGGGGAGCCAAGUGACAAUACCAGUGCCUAUCUUACAGACGACCAAGAAUCUUCAGCCACGUCACAAUGCUCACCACCAGGCCAGCAUGGCAGCAAAGAUUAUGAACUGGAUAGGUCCUGGUUUCAAAUAUAUCAAUAUUUUAGAUGCAGAAACAAACUCGCGGAAUUGUACAAAAAGCUGCAGACAGUUCAACACCAACUCACUAAACAGGCCAACAAGCUUCAGAAAACAGUGAAUGUGUCUGAGAAUAAAGAGGAUUUGACAUGCAAAGUACAACAUUUGAAUCAGCAGAUGGAGUCUGAGAAAGUCAAUCUGAAAGCAGCAAUGGAUGAGGAAAAGAAGCACAGGAGAUGCUGUGAAGAAUUAUCCAAUAAUCUGCAAAGCAUCAAGAAGGAGAGGAAAAAGCUUCUCUCAAAUAGAGAGUUGUUGCAAAAAGAGAUUAACCUUACCCAGCGGGAAAAAUUUGAUCUGGAUGCACGCAAGUGUUACCAGCAGUCUCUGCCCACCGCAAAGCAGGGACAGAAGGGCGAGUACCUCAAGAGGUACGAACACGACCUCACUCUCAGGGUCAGCAAGGCAGAUGAGACUGUGGAAUCCAAUCGAAGAGAAAUGUACAACAUGGAGAAAAAUCUCGAUGCAAUGGAGGCCAAGAGAAGGGAGUGCCGACACUCCAUCAAGGCAAUCUCUUGCAAGAUUAUUAACAUCAAGAAAAAACAGCACCGACUUGUGGAACUUCACAACAACAUCUUGACUGCAAAGGCAAACACCCACAAGAUCAAAAGAUUUAGAGAUCAUGCCAGGAACAUCAAGCAGCAUGUCUCCAGGCUCAGGAAGGUCAUCAGCACACUGCAGAAGGUGCCGGAUGACAAGCAACACCACAUCCCAACACUGACGGCAGCACUUAAUGAUGCACAGAUACAGACAAUAUCCUGGACGGUGACCGAGCAGAGUCAGCGCCAAGAAUCCAAGCUGCAGGAGGACCUCUCGGGGCACCACCUGCUGGUAGCCUCUGACAUGUGGAGGGUCUCUACCUUCCAGUCAAAACAUAGGCCGCAGAAGACUUCAACUAGAUCUUGGACAGUGGAGCCAAGGGAUGCAGCUCCAAGAUAUGUGGUGAUCCGUGUCAACAGGAAUGAUGUGUGGGCCGUAACAGACAAUACAAGGAAGAGCAGAUUUGAAUAAGAUAGCACCUAUAAUCUUGCAUCAAGGAAACUAUGGUUGAAGAUGAAACACAUCACCUAGAAGGACGAACUAAGGAAAUAAAAUACAAAUACAAAUGCACUCAUAAAAAUUUAUCUAAUAUGUUAACACCCCAUGGAAAUUAUUAUGACUGGUUUUCUUUUGUAAAUGCCUAAGGCUUUAGAAUGUUGUUCAUAUUUCAAAAGAAACAUUUUGGCUUACAAAUUUGUCAAAUGCUGCUGAUGUUCAUAAAUGUAUCGCUAUGUUCGUAUGAAGGUUAUUUUGAAUGAUCCUUUUUCUUUCAAAUAUCAAAAGAAUGCAUAAAUGAUCAGUUAGCCUUCAAGUGUAUAUGAAUUUCAUUUUAAGGAGAAUAUUUAUCAACAGGUAUUAUAUUUUUCAGUAAAAGUUUAAGAAGUAAUAAUUAUGUACUAUAACAAAAGAAACUAAAUCUUUUAUGGAAUCUUGAUUUACUGCAUUUAAAAAUAUUUAUUGUGUAUUUCCCA